AACAUCACGCACGUACUUACGCGGCUCAUUCUACCGGAAGACAGCCAAAACUAUACUCCUUGCUCAAUCAUCUCACCACAAGCCAUUGCGAUCAAGCAUCACAAUCUUCAACGUCAUCACUUGCCUUGUUCCAUCACCCCUCAUUCUCACAACAACCCCGCACCAUGGCGCCCAAGGGUCCUUUCAAGCUUGUCACAGUCAACACCGCACCCGAACGUGCGAAAAGGCUCAUCGGCCGCAUGACUGAGGCGCUCAAGGACCAGUACACGAUUGACUAUGUCGCCAACUGCGAGACAAUCGCCGAGGUCGAGGGCAAGGUGAAAGAGCACAAGCCAGACGUCUUGUUCUGUGCAUCAAUGUGGACCGCGGAGGAGGCAGAGCAGAUCCAGGCAACCGCAAGGUCAAUUGUUCCUAACAUCAAGACCCACGCGAUCCCUCAUGGGCUGCAGGUUGAGAGGGGGCCGGACGCUAUUGUUGAGCACCUCCUUGAGAAGGUUCCCCAACUGCUCGAGAGCUAGUUAAUCCACCAC